AUGCCAAUUCAAGCAAUUCAAAGUCAACUUCUUAGGCAGCAUCAACUAGAAAUAUCACUACAUAAGGUGUUCAGAGCUAAGAGGAUAAGAACUACCAGGAUAUUUGGUGAUUACCAAAAGCAGUAUGGUCUUCUAAGGUCGUACUAUGAUGAACUUCUUAAAGCCAACCAAGGUAGUACAAUUAAGAUAGAUAUGGAACCACAUGGGGAUCCUAGUAGUCCUACAAGGCAGUUUCGAAGGAUAUAUGUUUGUUUUGCAUCUAUGAUGAGAGUUUUUAAGAUGAUUGGAAGACCAUUGCUGGAUGUCGAUGGGUGUUUUGUGAAAGGUCCUUUUCUUGGACAGAUCUUAAGUGUUGUUGGUAUAGAUGGGAACAAUAGCAUAUAUCCAGGUCUGAUUCCAGCUAUGCUAGCAGUUUUUCCUAAUGCUGAGCACAAGUUUUGUUUGAGGCACAUUCAUGAGAACAUGAAAUCCAAGUGGUGUGGGGAUGUUUACAAGAAUUUUCUUUGGUUAGCAAGUAGGAAGAUCUCCAUUCCCUAUUUUAACAAGGCUAUGGAAGAAAUUAAGACAACAGAACAGGCUAUGAAGUGGGACUUAACAGGGAUGCCUUGCAAACAUGCUGUUGCAGCCAUAUGGGAUAUGUCAAGGAAUAGCAUUGACGUUGGUAUACCAGAAUAG